AUGAUGCUCAGCUCGAUCCUCCUGCUCUUCAUAAUGCCGCUGCUGAUGCACAUGUUGCUCAGCUCGAUCCUGUGCGCUUCCACCACUGGCCUCCAGCCGUCGCGCAUCCGGAGCCCACCCAUGUCGAUGGUCCUCAACGAACGUGCACCGUCGGUCGCCCGCAAAGCCCGACAGGAAUUUGCAGCAGCGGUGUCCGAAGUCCAAGCUCUCACAAAGCCGAGCACGCCACUCGAGACGCAGCAGCGACAGUUGAUAGAUCUGCUGAUCGCUCAAGUGUCGGCCAAUGACAAAGGAUUUGCCGACGAGGUGGCCGACUUGGACAAACGCGGCCGCAUGGCCCUCGAGCACCUGGACCGCCGCGAUGCGCUUGCAGUGAGCCUGGCCACCGCAAAGGAGGCGGUCGCGGCGGCAGAGGCGGAGGCGGGCCCUCUGCGCGAGGAGUGUGCCGCCCUGGAGCGAGCCAAGGAGAGCUCCGAGCGGACGCUCGUCUCACUCCCCGGAGAGAUUGCCUCGCUGCGCGACUCGGCGGAGACGCUCGAGGCGGAGCUGGCCGAGCUGCGGCCAGCGAUCGCGAUCUUCACGGACGAGCAGGCGGACCUGCUGGCGAGAAAGGAGGGCCUCACCGCUGAGCUCACCGAUGCAACCUCCGAGCACCGCUCUCGGUGCGCCGCGCUCGAGGAGGCGCGCAGUCGCGUGGCGGAGCUGUCGGCAGAGCUGCAGUCUACGAGCGCCGCCCUCGCGGCGAGCGACGCGGAGCUGGCCAAGCUGGCGCGGGAGAAGGAGGCGCCGUUGUCGCUGCAGGAGACGGCCGCCGCGCUCGAGCCGCUGCCGGAGCGGCUCGAGCUUGCGCGCUCCGAGGCGGCUGAGGCGGCGGAGAGCCUGGCUGCGCUGCAGGAGCGGCGCGAGGCGAUGUCGUCCGAGCUAGAGGAGGAGAGCGCCGCGCUGACAUCGCGGCUGGCCGCCUACGAGGCCCGCGCCUGCAGCGCACUCGCCGAGGAGUCCGCUGCCGCGACGCAAGAGGCUGCCGACAGCGAGGAGCUGGCCAAGGCGCUGCGAAAAGAGAUUGAGACCCUCAAAACGGAGGCCCCGGCGCUCGAGGCCAGGCGCGCGCACGCCACUUCCGCGCUCGAAGAGGCCCUCGCCGCGGCGGCCUCUCUCUUCCCGGAGGACUCGCCCGAGCCCGACGCGUCUGCCGCCGCCGGGCAAGGCGAGGACGCGGGCGGGGGCGCGAGCGCGCGCAUGGCGGCGGUGUUGGACGAGCGGAUCGAAGAUACCGGGCGGCAGCUCGCCGCGUCGGUCGCCGACAUGGACGACCGCAUCGAGGCGCUGGGCGACUUUUCGGAGACGGUCCGCACGGCGAUGGAGGCGGCGGCGGCGCGGCGCGAGAGCGCGCAGCGCUCGCUGGAGCAGCUGGCCGUGGAGCAGCGGCGCGCGUCGGAGGAGAUGAAGCUGCAGCUCGAGUCUGCCCUCGCCGCCAUGGAGGAGAUGCAGAGUCAGUGGGACGGCGCCGUCGACUCGAAUGCCGUGGAGGCUGCGGAGGUGCGGGGCGAGGCCACGGCCGCGCUCGACCGCAAGCGCACCGCCAUCGAGUCCGAGGCGCAGGCGCUGAGCUCGCUGUCGGCCACGCGGCGUGGCUUGGCCGAGGAGGAGGCCGCGCUGCGCAAGCGGUACGUGGCGCUACGGCAGAGGCGUCUGGCCAAGCUCAAGCAAGGCGGCGCCGGCCGCCCUUUCCCCGCCGCGCCGGUUGACCUUGAGGAGGUUGCAGAGGUGGCGGGCGCCAACGCCGAGAAGGCGGCGGCAGCGCUGCUGCGCUUCUUCUCCAGCGACAAGGCGGGCGACGGGAAGGAGCCGCCAGUCAUGGGCAGUGGCGCAGAGUCGUCGGAGUGA